CUGUUCCUCUCCAGUCCAGGUGCAUGUCUGGUUGUGUCUGGACCGGGACUCAUCCAUUCACUUGGUGGAAUGGCCAACGCUAACAUGAACUGCUGGCCUGUGAUUGUUAUUGGAGGCUCCUCUGAUCAAAACCAAGAGACCACUGGGGCGUUUCAAGAGUUUCCACAGGUGGAGGCAUGCAGAUUGUACAGUAAGUUCUCUGCUAGGUCUAGCAGUCUGGAUAUGAUCUCCUCAGUGGUAGAGAAGGCAGCACGCACUAGCAUGUAUGGACGUCCAGGUGCUGUAUACGUAGACAUAUCUGGGGACAUGGUCAAUGCUAAAUUGGACAGGAGCAGAGCCAGAGAGGUGCCCUGUAGUCCACCUCCUCCUGUGAGUAUGGCUGACCAUAUGGCGAUCACAGAAGCACUGGCGGUCCUGAAAGGAGCCAAACGGCCUUUACUCAUCAUUGGCAAAUGUGCAGCCCAUGGAAGAGCAGAGGGGGCUCUGAAGGAGCUGGUGGAGGGGUGUGACCUGCCCUUCCUGCCCACCCCCAUGGGUAAAGGGGUGCUGCCUGACAAUCACCCCAACUGUGUUGCUGCUGCCCGCUCCAGCUCCUGGAGUACGUUCACAAAGAUGGCUGGAAGUAUCCAGCUGAUACAGAAUGGUGGACCACGUUGAAAGAGAAGAUGGUUGCUAACGCAACAAUGACAAAGGAGCCAGAGUAAAUGCCAAAGACAACAAGUGGCUCACUCCUCUGCACCGGGCCGUGGCUUCCUGCAGUGAGGAGGCUGUCCAGGUGUUAUUGAAACACUCUGCUGAUGUGAACGCCAGGGACAAGAACUGGCAAACGCCGCUCCACAUCGCUGCGGCCAAUAAGGCAGUCCGCUGUGCUGAGGCCCUGGUCCCUCUCCUCAGCAACGUGAACGUGUCAGACCGGGCCGGGCGCACGGCGCUGCACCAUGCAGCCUUCAGUGGACACCAGGAGGUUAGCAAUUAGCAUGGACAUGAUUACACACUGUAGUCUACACUUUAUACCUGUCCUAUCCCCACGUUGAGCUUACUGUGCAUCCGAUUACUUACAAUGGUUGUAUGUAGGGCUGUGACGGUAAUUGGAUAACCGUGACAUUGACGGUUUUGGAUGAAGAACGCCAUGAAAAUAAAAU